AGGCUCAGUGGGUGUGAACUCCGGCCAUGUGCUCUGUUCAACACAAGAGGGAUAAUCUCAGGAGCUGACCAAGCAGCAAACAAACUCUGUGGCUGCUGCUCUGAAGUCAGUCACUCUGCUGUUGCUAUUACCACAAAUGACACAGGCCAUCGGUGAGCUGAGCACCUUAUCAUCAAGUCAACCAGAAUCUUCCUAAAUCACUAAACCAGCUACUUGACAAGGAAACCAGAAGGUGAACGAGACAGAGAGGCAGCCCUCAACGGAGAGACAAUGUCAAUAAUUCAACAUGCCGAACUCUAACUGGGCAAAUGAACUGGAAUUAAAACCAAUUUGCGAGAAAAAAGAAGAAUGGAACCUGAGGUAAAGGGGUUUUGAGGAAAAAUAAUGCAUAGCAAGAGGACAAAAAAAGAAAGAUGCAAUGCACCAGUGAGUAGGAAACUGUGGGAGGGAGGAGAGUGGAAAAAACCUUAGGGAGAGAGAGAGGUGUGUGUGUGUGUGAGAUGGGAGUGUGUUCCUGUGUGUCAGGUGUGUGCGUGGGUGUUACUGCUGGUAACCAGGCAGGGACGGACUUCGUCUCGUGGGGAUGUGGGGGGGCGACUUCAUCAGCAAUGAAUACAACUAGAGAGAGAAAACACAUAUGCAAAGCACUCUGUGUCUCACUCUGACAGGGUCUCAAGCUCAGAGAGCACAGCCUCCGAGGUCACUCGCUGCCAGAAACAACAGCGAAAUAAUCCUGACCACCAAAUUUAGUUCAACAAUACAACAGAAACUGCUCCCCGCUGUUGUUGCUCCUGUUGUUGCUGAUGAUGAUGAUGAUGAUGCCAAUGGAAUUGACUUGUGCUCUCCGACGGACUCUGGAUGGAUUGCAGUAACAAGCUCAGAGUAGCCGUUUAGGUAACAAUGAUCAGAACAGGCGCUGAUGUCAAAUGUUUUCCUUCUUCACCAUAAGGACUACAGACUGAACUGCCUCAAAGAUCAUGAAGAAUUCCUGAGUUUUCAGAUGAUCUGCCAAGACUUGUUCAAAAGAUGAACCAGAGACAAUGUUGUUAUUCAUCACAUCUCAGAAAAUCAAGAGACUAAAUUCGGAGUUUUAUCUGUGGUGGUGCUGUCUGGAUACGGUGAAGCAGGGCUAUUAUGCGCCAGCUUGAGGGAACGAAAUGCAGCUUCCUGUUGUGCCUGGGGAUGAGUAUUAUUGUCUGUUCAGUCAUUUACUUGAGGGCCAGGAUGCCAACAGAGCUUAAGCCUCUAGAGCCUCCCAGUUGCAGGCCCUUCUCCACUGAAUGUAAAGCUUUUCUGAACAGCAUGGAAGGAGUAGAGUUGUACCGCCGUGACUGCCAGGUGGAAAGCUAUAUUCUAAAUAGUCGCCUGCAGUGUUCAGAUUUGACCAGAGACCUUCACUUCAUCACAAGACCUCUGAGCCGUGAGGAGGAGGACUACCCUUUAGCGUUCAUUGUGACCGUUCACAAAGAGCUGGAGCUUUUUGUACGGCUGCUGCGGGCCAUUUACAUGCCACAAAAUGUCUACUGCAUUCACGUGGAUGCUAAGGCUCCAUGGGAGUACCAGGCGGCUGUAUGGAAGCUAGUCAGCUGCUUCAAAAAUACCUUCAUCUCCAGCCGCAGCGAGACAGUGACCUACGCUGGGUUUUCCCGCCUGCAAGCAGAUAUGAACUGCAUGAAGGAUCUAGCAAAGUCCAAGAUAGGCUGGAGAAAGGUAGUGAAUCUGUGUGGACAGGAUUUCCCUGUCAAGAGCAACCUGGAACUGGUGCGGUACAUGCAAAGCAAAGAGUGGAGGGACAGAAACAUGACGCCUGGGGUCAAGCAACCGCUGUCUAUGAGGACCAGGACACAGCUCCAGCACAGGGAGAUUAUGGGGUCACAUGUAGCUCUGAAAGGGUUAGGACUAAAGAAAGAUCCUCCUCCACACAAUCUGCAAAUUUUUUUUGGAACGGCCUACUAUGCUCUCACAAGAGCUUUUGUAGACUUUGUUCUGAAAAGCCCAGUAGCCCGUGACCUGUUGGAGUGGUCGAAAGACACCUUCAGUCCAGAUGAGCACUACUGGGUGACACUCAACCACAUCAAAGAAGCUCCAGGCAACCACAUAGAUGGAGGUUGGGCAGGAAACAUCCGGGCAAUCAAGUGGAGAGAUCAAGAGGGACGGACACAUAAUGGCUGCAAAGGUCAUUACGUUCGAGACAUCUGUAUCUAUGGAAUGGAAGACCUGCCAUGGAUCAUCAACAGGAACAGCAUGUUUGCCAAUAAGUUUGAAAGUAAUGUCUUUCCAGAGGCACUGGACUGUCUGGAGCAGUGGCACAGGAACAAGGUGUUGAACCAGGCAACUGUCCCCAUAGAGCCAUCAUGGCUACUGGCCACACAAAGCAACUCAAGCUACUUCAACAGCAGUGGUGAAGCCUGAAAUCACUGCUGGUAUCCUCAACAAAAGUGGGGCUAAAUGCAAUUUGGAUUAUUUGCACUUGUUAGGUUGCUGUGAAUGUCAAAAAUGUGAGCGGGAAACUGAACUGAGAACGGCAGGAUGAUGCACUGUGCACUUCCAGACUCUGUAGCAAAGCUACUGAUCACAAAUGUAUUUGUCUAUUUAUGAAACUGUAAGAUGGCUGUUUUUUUUUUGAUAAUCAGAAGAUGAUAAUAUAUAUAGAUAAUAUGCCAGAUGACUAAAGAUAUUCACAGUAAACCAAUGCAGCGUGUAUCCAAUAAAAAAAACCUAAAUAACAGAACCUAUUUGAGAAAUCUACACUACACAAGGUAUUAAAUAAACUACUGAAUAUGCAUUUAUUAUUGUUUAAUUUAAUGUUCAGUGUGUGGUCCAGUUGAAAAAUGAAUUGUUGAUAAAAA